AUGAUGCACCCUUCGAGACAGGCGUUUGUGGAGGACCAUCCCAUGGAUGAGGAUAGGGGAGGACUGACACUUGAACAAGUUCCCAAUGAUUACAAUUAUGAACUCGGCACAGGCGAAAAUGCAUCGGCGCUGCUGUCCCAAUUCGAGCGAAAACGCAUGGCGGCGCGUCUGGCCGUCCCGACCAACGAUGAGGCAAUCAAGAGCAUGCUCCGCGAAAGAGGGCUGCCAAUCACCCUUUUCGGCGAGAACAACCCUGCCGACCGCCGCGAAAGAUUGAGAGAGACCUUGGCCGACGAGGCUGAGCAAGCAAAGGCUCAAGGCCAGGGUGGCGUCGAUAUCGAGAUGGAUGACGCUGUUGACGAGGAAGACGACGAGGAGCAGGAGGAAGAGUACUACACGCGAGGAACUGACGAGCUUCAGCUAACCAGGGUGGAGAUCGCAAAGUACUCGCUCCCGAGAGCAAAACGGCGAGUUCAUUUCCAACGGCAGGAGGCUAAGAUCCCCCUGCGGACGCAUGUCAAGCAUCGAAAGCAGAUCAAAGAGCAGCUACAGGAUUUCGAGCUACAAAGCUCACAGGUCGGAGGACAAAGGUAUCUGAGUGUCGUCAGGCUGGCGCCACAGGGGCAGCUUUGCGCCACGGGCGACUGGGGUGGCAGCUUGAAGGUCGUUUCAACACCUGAUCUGGAAGUUAAGAAGACGCUAAGGGGCCACACGUCGAAGAUUGGCGGAGUCGACUGGCUCCCCGGGGCCACAUCUCCAGAGAGUGAGACGGCCCAGCUGGCAUCAUCUUCAGCAGAUGGAGUUGUCCACUUGUGGUCACUUCAGAAAGACACGCCUCUUUCUACAUUAUCCCAGCCUGGUGGGCCAAAGGUCAACAAGAUCGGAUUCCAUCCUUCGGGACGCUAUCUGGCCACCGCAUGUGAAGACACGACAUGGAAGCUCUACGACGUUGAGACCGGCAGUGAGCUCUUGUCUCAGGAGGGACAUUCAAGGGCCGUCAUGACCGUCAGCUUUCAGUCGGAAGGCGCACUGGUUGCAACGGCAGGGAUGGACAGUGUUGGCAGAAUCUGGGACCUUCGAAGUGGCCGCACCAUCAUGCUCUGCGAGGGCCACAUCCAACCCAUAACAUCCUCGAGCUGGAUAGAUGGGCAUAGGAUAUUGUCGGCCUCUCUCGACGGUUUCGUGAAGGUUUGGGAUGUGCGCAAGGUCGUACAGAGUGGCAAUCUUGCAGGAAACACAUCCGGAGUGACCGACAUACGUGUGUUCAGGGGCCUUGAUGACCCUGUGGAGGGCGAGGCUCCGGGACAAGACGAGAAGGGGGCGCAGAUACCAAAGAAGUCUGCGACCUUCUUUGCAACAUGUGGAUUUGACAGAAAGGUCAACGUCUACUCAAUGGACGACUACUCCCUGAUCAGCUCGCUCGAGUCUCACACGGCGCCAGUAAGCUCGGUUGACAUUUCAAGGGACGGCAGGUGGAUUGUGUCUGGUAGUCACGAUAGGACAAUCAAGCUCUGGGCGCGCAACGAGAUGGAGCCGUUGUAG